CACAUCCAAGAUGGCGCCCCCAGGAGCUGGGAGCGGGUGACCGGCGGCGGGGAAGCGGCCUGGGCUGGCCCUCAGAUUGCGGGGUCCCGGGGGCCUGUCGCGGGGCGCCCCCGUGACCCACCGACCAGGCCUUCCCCCGGGCCGGAGCGAUGGCCGCCGAGAACAGCAAGCAGUUCUGGAAGAGGAGCGCCAAGCUGCCGGGGAGCAUUCAGCCUGUGUAUGGAGCUCAGCACCCUCCUCUGGAUCCUCGGCUCACCAAAAACUUCAUCAAAGAACGGUCAAAAGUCAACUCAGUUCCUCUAAAGAGCAAGAAGGCCUCCAGUUUCCACGAGUUUGCCCGGAAUACCAGUGACGCCUGGGACAUAGGCGAUGACGAGGAAGAUGGCUUUUCCUCGCCUCCUUUCCAAACCCUGAACUCAAAAGUGGCUUUGGCAACUGCGGCCCAAGUCCUAGAGAACCACAGCAAGCUGAGGGUAAAACCCGAACGGUCGCAGUCGACAACAUCAGACGUCCCCGCCAGCUACCAGGUCAUAAAGUCCAGCAGUGACGCCCAGCUGUCCCGCAACUCCAGUGACACAUGCCUGAGGAACCCACUCCACAAACAGCAAUCUCUCCCUCUGCGGCCCAUCAUCCCCCUUGUUGCCCGGAUCUCUGACCAGAAUGCUUCCGGGGCCCCUCCAAUGACAGUCCGGGAGAAAACCCGCCUAGAAAAGUUCCGGCAGCUACUCUCCAGCCACAACACCGACUUAGAUGAGUUGAGGAAGUGGAGUUGGCCAGGGGUUCCCAGGGAAGUUCGACCCGUCACCUGGAGACUGCUGUCGGGCUAUCUCCCGGCAAACACUGAGCGGCGGAAGUUGACCCUGCAGCGGAAGAGGGAGGAGUACUUUGGCUUCAUUGAGCAGUAUUACGACUCUCGGAACGAGGAGCAUCACCAAGACACCUACAGACAGAUUCACAUUGACAUCCCAAGGACGAACCCUCUGAUUCCCUUGUUCCAACAGCCACUCGUCCAGGAGAUAUUUGAAAGAAUUCUCUUUAUCUGGGCCAUCCGACACCCCGCCAGCGGCUAUGUCCAGGGAAUUAACGACCUGGUCACUCCGUUCUUUGUCGUCUUCCUCUCGGAAUAUGUGGAAGAGGAUGUGGAGAACUUUGAUGUGACCAACCUGUCUCAGGACAUGCUGCGGAGCAUCGAAGCGGACAGCUUCUGGUGCAUGAGCAAGCUGCUGGACGGGAUCCAGGAUAAUUACACCUUCGCACAGCCGGGGAUCCAGAAGAAGGUCAAGGCCCUGGAGGAGCUUGUCAGCCGGAUCGAUGAGCAGGUACACAGUCACUUCAGGAGGUACGAGGUGGAGUACCUGCAGUUUGCCUUUCGGUGGAUGAACAACCUUCUGAUGCGGGAGCUCCCCCUGCGCUGCACCAUCCGCCUGUGGGACACCUACCAGUCUGAGCCAGAAGGGUUCUCGCACUUCCAUCUCUACGUGUGCGCGGCCUUCUUGAUCAAGUGGAGGAAGGAGAUUUUGGAUGAAGAAGACUUUCAGGGCCUCCUCAUGCUGCUGCAGAACCUGCCUACGAUCCACUGGGGCAACGAGGAGAUCGGGCUGCUGCUGGCCGAGGCGUACAGACUCAAGUACAUGUUUGCAGACGCCCCCAACCAUUACCGCCGAUAGGUGCUGUCUCCCCCGGGGACCAGACUGCCCCAUCUCUGAUGGCUUUCAUCACUGUGGCCACUGUGCAAGAAGCCGCGGACCCCGGCCAGGAACCACUCCUGCUGUACAAAGCUCACGCCCACCGCCACCGCCCAGGUCUUAACUUCACAGCAUACACCACGUUGUGUCUCUGGAUGUGUGUCUGGGACCACUGUCAGUAUUCCGUGCCGUGUGGAGGGCCCGACUCUGGGGCCUGGACAUAAGACGGGGAGGCUCGGUCCAUGCACCUGCUGGUUCUGCCCAGGACCCACCUGGUGUUGGUUUUCUUUUACUUUCUUUUUUUCUUCUUCUUUCAAACAGGAAAAACCACAAAUUUUCAUGGCCAAGGCAUAGGGUAUUAGGUUCCCAUGCUGUUGCUUUUGUGACCCAUUUGAUCUGGUCACAGGUCAGGGACACUAUGUUUUCAGAAGACCCUGGUCCCACCCUUCUCCCCUCUUCCCCUCCUCCUCCUGCCCCAGCUGAGCCAGCAACAGAGUGAGUGAGCCCCUCCUUGUCAGGUGGAGGAGAACCCAUGUUCAUAACCCUGAGGAGAGGCUGACACUCAGGGGCUAGGAGCUGCAUUCUCCCUUUCCUACAUUUGGUGUGCGUGCGUGCGUGCGUGCGUGCGUGCGUGCGUGUGUGUGUGUGUGUGUGUGUGUGUGUGUGUGUCUGCGUGCGUGUGUACAAGCCCAUCAGCAUUUUGUCACAUGUCUAAAUUUGUGUCUAGAAUAACCCAUCAGAACCAGUUGGAAAGGACCCUAGGGACCAAGCAGCUGAUGGUCCCUUGAGAAGGACCAGGGCAGGGGAGGGAAAGAGGGUGGUUUGUUUUAUUCUUUUCCUUCUUUUUAACCACCUCUUCAAACUCUUUUUCCAGGGUGAACCACUCCAAGAUAUUAUGUAUAAAUUGUGUUAUUAUGUAUAUGGUAAAGGUGUACAAAUCUGUGUCCUCUUUGUAGCAGAUAUGAUUUUAUAUUUAUAGUGUGCACUGACUUGUGAAAGCAAUCUAGGUCAUUAGCACAGAUGAACUUGCUGGGUGGGGGGGGCUUAAGGGGAGGAGCCUGGGGCCUGGGAGCCAUCUGGAGGGUGUGGCCCUCAGACGGGCUGUCUGCCACUGUCUCUGCCCUCCUCCUGCCUUUCUCUUCCUUCCCUCCCCUCCUUUGGCCUCUGAACACCUGCCUGUCCUUCCCUCAUCCACGGGAGCUUCCUUCUGCCCACCCCCAGCAGCCCCCCCCCAGGAAGGAUGGCGGAGGCAGAAGCCCUCCCUCAGGUUUUGUGGCCCCAGCCUGUCUUCACUGUGGUCAGGACAGAAGCCGGCUGACACUUCAGUGCCAAGAGAAGGGAUCGCUCCCUGUGUGUCCCCAGGAGGGGUGGGGCCUUCUUCCAGAGAGUGUCACUGGGUGUCCCUGUCACCAUCACACUCCCCGCAGCUCACGGGCUGACUGAGCCAUGCUCAACUGGUGUUUGGUAGUGGAGAAAGGGAGGGUGGAGCCUAGUAGCCACCCAUCCACUUGGGAGGCCAGGCGGUGUCCCUAGGGGUGACGCCCUUAGUUCACUGGCCUGUGUCACUCCACCGCAGGCCACACCUCACCCCUGCGAGUUAGGUCCCUCAUCCAAAUGUUUCUCAGGCAUUCUUCCCCGUUCCCCCCUUACCCUUCGGUGUGCCUCAGUAGUCUCCUCCACAGUUGGGAGGACUCGUGGCCCUCCCUCAAACAGAUUAACUAAAGAAAGACACUUGUGUCCCCAAGUGGUGGUUUUAUUUUUUUAGUUUUAUGUUUGUAUGGGAAAUUGUGGAUAAAGUGAAGGGAUUGUAAAUAAAUGGUGUAUUUCCUCCUCCA